AUGUCUGACGAAACGUGGCCGUUUCAGUCCAUGAACAGGUGCCAUGGCCGAGAAGAGGUCCCUUCUUACGACCGUGAUUUAUUAGGCACAAACACACAUAAAUGCAUGGGGCUUGCUAAGCGGGUUGUGUGUGGAUGGUCACAAGCGUUAAUAAGGCCCUUUGAGGGUUCAAAAGGUGGAGGUUUUGGAUUGAUUGGGAGCACCAAAACCUAUGCCCACUUUCUUGAACCCAACCGCAUGGGUGAGCUAGAGAGAGCAACUCAGCACCUCUUUGUUUGA